AUGGCUGCUCAGGCUACGACAGACGCCCCCCCCAGCACACAAAAUGGAACUACCAAUGGCCAUGCGGAACCCUCUGCGAGUUCGUCAUCAUUCCCUGUUGCCAUCGUCGGCAUGAGCUGCAGAUUCGGAGGAGAUGCUACGAGCCCUUCGAAGUUGUGGGAACUCUGUGCUGAGGGGAAGGACUCCUGGUCGCCUAUCCCCACGGAGCGCUUUGAUGGCAAGUCUCUGUAUGAUCGGAAGAAAGGCAAACUUGGCCGACACAAUGUCCUGGGAGGAUACUUCCUGAAGGAUAUCUCCUCAUUCGAUGCGCCCUUUUACAACUAUCCCGUGGAUAUGGCUAAUGCCAUGGAUCCUCAAAUUCGCAUGCUGCUAGAAUCAGUAUACGAAAGUGUGGAAGAUGCGGGAAUCCCCAUCCAUUCACUCGCGGGAUCAAAUACAUCAGUAUUUUCGGGUAGCUUUGGCUCUGAUUACUCGGAGUUGACAAUCAGAGACCCUGAAGUGAUGCAGCCCGCCUACAAGACCGGCAAUGGCACAGCGAUGCUAUCAAACCGAAUAUCCCAUUUUUAUGAUUUCAGGGGAGCAAGUAUGACGAUCGAUGUCGGCUGCUCCACUGGCCUGGUAGCGGUGCAUCAAGCCUGCCGAAGUCUCCAGUCCGGCGAGUCGGACCUCUCCAUCGUCGGUGCGGCUAUUACCCUUCUAUCCCCCGACAUGUUCAUUGCGUUAGGUCUAGCAGGAGUGCUUGGCCCUAAUGGAAAAUGCUUCGCCUGGGAUGAUCGAGCAGAAGGAUAUGGCCGUGGCGAAGGUGUCGCAUCGCUGGUUUUAAAGCCACUUCAUGCCGCGUUGCGGGAUGGAGAUGUUGUGCAUGCAGUCAUUCGGGAGACAGGGUUAAACCAGGAUGGAAAAACCCCGACCAUUACUUCCCCAUCAAUGGAAGCACAGGUGGCAGUCAUUGAAGAUGUCUACCGCCGUGCUGGCCUGAGCCCUGCGGACGUCGGGUACGUCGAGGCCCAUAUGACGGGUACCCCCAGCGGAGAUCCUAUCGAGGCUGAAGCCCUUGCACGAACCUUCGGAAAGCAUCGCAGGGCCGACGAUCCAGUGAUUGUCGGUUCCGUGAAGCCCAAUGUUGGGCAUACGGAGCCGGUCAGCGGCCUGGCAGCCAUGAUUAAGACGGUAUACGUCUUGAAGAACAGGCUCAUUCCUCCCAACUUGAACUAUCUGAAGACAAACCCCAAGAUUCCUCUGGACGAAUGGCACUUGACGGUGCCGACAUCCCUUACCCCGUGGCCGGCCGACAAGCCUCUCCGGGCCUCCAUCAACAACUUCGGUUAUGGAGGAACAAACGCACAUGUUAUCAUGGAGGCAGCUCCCGAGACCUCUCCGACUAAUGGCGCCAGCCAUUCUAACGGCGUGGACUCAGCUAAUGGGGCUGUUAACUCCGCACGAGAAGUGGAUGAGUCCCUGGUUUACGUGGUCAGUGCCAAAGACUCGGUCGCUUCUCAGGGAAUGAACAAGAAUUUUGCUGCUUAUAUCCGGGAAUCUAUCGCAAAUGGCACGGCACCAUUGCCGGCUGAUUUGGCCUUUACGCUAUCUGAGCGCCGUUCAUUGUUCACCUGGGUCACUGCAAUUCGAGCCAAGAGCCUGGAAGAGUUGGCGGAUCGGUUGGAUGAGCCUGACCGUAAAGGUUCUCGUGCGACCAAAAAGCCUCGACUUGGUUUCGUUUUCAAUGGUCAGGGAGCUCAGUGGUAUGGCAUGGGUCGGGAACUAAUCAACGCUUAUCCUGUGUUCCGCGCGGCGUUGAUGGAGGCGGAUCGCAUAUUGAAGGAGUAUGGCGCGACUUGGUCCUUGCACGAGGAGCUUCUGCGGGACGAUAAGUCUACCCGUGUGCACGAAAUUAGGCUCAGCCAGCCGGUCAGUGUUGCUCUACAGCUGUGUCUCGUGGAUUUGCUUACAUCUUGGGGCAUCACUCCAUCGGCUGUGACGAGUCAUUCCAGCGGAGAAAUCGCCGCGGCCUAUGCUGUUGGAGCUCUUACCUUCCGAGAAGCGCUAGGAGUAGUCUACUUCCGUGGUGAACUCGCUCAGAAGCACCACGAGCGCUUGUCCCUCGACGGAGGAAUGCUUGCUGCUGGUCUCAGUGCAGAAAAAGCAGAGGAAUAUCUCCAAAGUACUUCCGGGGGGGUCGUUGUGGUUGCCUGUCAUAACAGCCCCGAUAGUGUUACGCUGUCCGGUGAUGUACCAGCUCUACAAGAAGUGGCAUCGCGGCUUGAGAAUGAUGGCGUCUUUGCCAGGAGACUCAACGUUCCUUUGGCUUAUCACUCUCACCAUAUGGUCCACAUGGCUCAAGACUACACGGAUAGUCUGAAAGAAAUUUUAAGCCCCUCGCCCGAGUGGAGCGGAGCGUUGUUUGCCUCUCCAGUGACUGGCGGUAUUCUCACUUCGCCAAAGGCCCUAACGGCAGAACAUUAUGUCCAAAACCUGACCAGUCCCGUUCUGUUCACUCAGGCAUUCGAACAGAUGUGCUUUGGGACGGUGGCCUCGGAUGAAUCCCAGAAACCAGCCGGCCAAGAUGGAAACGUCGACCUGAUUGUCGAGAUUGGAGCCCACAGCACCCUUUCCGGUCCAAUCAGACAGAUUCUCAAGGAGCGCAAGAUCCCCUAUGUCUCCUGCCUUAAAAGGUUUGUGAAUGCUGUUCACACAAUGCAAGACACUGCUUGUGAGCUGGUUUCGCGAGGUUAUCCCGUAUCUCUCUCCGCGGUAAAUCUGAAUGAACACGCCAAAUUUGUGCCCGGUCUUCCCUCGUACGCUUGGAACCAUACGUCCACCUAUUGGAUUGAGUCGAGGGCAUACAGAGAGUACCGGUAUAAGCGAUUCCCGCCUCAUGAGCUUCUUGGAACUCCUGUCUCGGGAGGCAACCAUAUUACACCUACCUGGAGGAACUUUCUUCGCACCUCGGACAUCUCUUGGUUGGUUGAACACAAGCUUGGAUCCGACACCGUUUUGCCAGGCGCUGGAUAUGUUGCUAUGGCCAUCGAAGCCGUGCGUCUGCUUACGGACCCUUCGGAAAGCAGCAUUCAAAAAUACAAGCUACGAGACAUCGACAUUGCUAAUGCGCUGACCAUCCCAGACUCCGCCCAGGGAGUUGAGAUCCAACUAUGCCUGCGUCCCUGCAAUGACAAAGAACUGGAUUACAAGGGUUGGUAUGAAUUUGAACUUUGCUCUGUCUCCGGCACGGAUGACUCCUGGAUUCAACACUGCAAGGGCUACGUUACCACCGAGGCCGUCAGUUCUACAAAGCCCGCCGCAACUAGCAUUGAAAUGAAGGCACCGGUCUCUUCCGCCUUUUUCCCUGCUGGUUCCAAAGUCAGCAAUGUUAACCCAGAAUCCAUCUUCGAAGGCUUGCGUGAGAUGAGCCUCUUCCAUGGGGGUGUCUUCCAAAACCUCAUCAGCAGUCGCGAGGCAGAAAACAAGUCGAUUACCAACCUGGCGGUGUCUCCAGUGGCUUCGGAGUGUGAAGAGACCUACGUUUUGCACCCGACCACUCUCGAUUCUCUCAUUCAAGCCGCGUACGUCUCAAUUCCCGAAGUUACGCGGGAGAAUGCCAUGGUGGUGCCGCGCUCCAUCGGCAAUCUUAUCAUUCCUCGCGACCUGAAGAGACUUGCUGGUGACAAGCUUAACGCUUUCGUGACUCUCGUGAAGGGAGAUAAACGUGGCGCCCACAUGAAGGUCGUUGCCGCUAAUGACGAUGGUGGUGAUGAGGCCUCUGCCGCGUAUUUGCAGAUGGACGACCUUUACUGCCAGGCAGUAGCUCAGGAGACAAGCGACGCAACAUCUUCCAAAGCAUCUCCCGUUUGCUCGGAGAGCCGAUGGGAGCUGGAUAUCCUGCACGAUAUCCCGGUCUCUGUCAAGGAAUCGAUGAAGAUUGAUUUGAAUGACCCGGAUGUCGACUUCGAGAAGAAACUUGACCGGGUGUCGUACAAUUUUAUUUCUGACGCGGUAACCCAACUUGGCGAAGAUGCCAGCACCGAGACCUGGCAAUCGCAUCAGAAGUCGUUUUAUGAAUGGAUGAAAUCUGUUGUCGAACGCGGCAAGGCCGGUGAACUGGGUGCAGGGAGCCAAACCUGGUCCAAGACCAACAAGGGCUUGAAACAAAGACUUGCGGACGAUAUCGAAGCCGAAAAUGCUGCCGGAAAACUGAUUGCUCGCGUUGGUCGGAGUCUUGCAAGCAUCGUUCGUGGUGAAGUUGCACCACUCGAGCUCAUGGCGGAAGACGGUCUGCUUAACCAGUACUACGAAGAGAUUCCACGACUGAAGCAGCGCAGCUAUCAGCAUCUCCAGAAAAUCGUUGAAUUCUAUGCCGUGAAGAAUCCUGGAGCCAACGUGCUUGAAAUUGGAGCUCGUACUGGCGCAGCCACCGUCCAUGUCCUCGAAGGCUUUGCUGCUAAAUCCGAGGACGGUUCUGGGACUCUCCUAGGCCACUACGAUUUCACCGACGUCGCUGAGUCCUCCGAAGAGGUCCAGUCAAAGUUUGCUGGCUUGGGGAGCUUGAUCAAUUUCAAACAGCUUAACCUCGGCUCCGACCCGGUAGAACAAUCCUUUGUGGCUCACUCUUAUGAUCUCAUCAUCGCGCCUAUAGUAUUGCAUACCACUCCUGAUCUCCAAAAGACACUGUCAUCCUUGCAGAAGCUGCUCAAGCCGGGCGGAAAGCUGUUGAUGAUCGAGACGACUAAGGACCGCCUGGACACUCAGCUGCUGUUCGGUACCCUGCCAGAGUGGUGGCUGAGUGAGGAGCCAACCCGCCAGUCUAGCCCGACAAUUUCAGUUGAAGAUUGGGACAAAAUCCUAAAGACCUCCGGCUUUACUGGCGUGGACUUUGAAAUUGGCGACUGCGUAGAGCCGCGAUUCCAGUCUACCAAUACCAUUUUAGCUACUGCCACGGACGCCCAGGUGCCCACUUACCCUGCCUCGAUCUCCAUCGUCAGUGGUGAAAAGUCGUCCGCUAGCCAGGAAUGGUUGACAGAGCUUACGAAUGCGAUCAGUCUCCAGACGGGUGCUGCGGUUGCGGUUGAGGAUUUUGAAAGUAUCCAGGCUGCCGCCAACACUCUGUACAUUUUCACCCUGGAGAUGACGCGUCCGUUUUUGGACACAAUGGACAGCGCUGCCUUUGAGAAACUUCGCAGCAUUCUGGUCAACGGCCAGGGAGCCUUCUGGCUUACUUCUGGUAGCAUCGUGGAUGUGAAAGAGCCACUGUAUGCUCAGGCUCAAGGCCUUCUGCGCACCAUGAAACAAGAGGAUUCCAACAAGCGUUACGUUUACCUUGACUUCGACACACCUUCGAGCAACCCAUGGUCAAGAGACCAUAUUCGUCAUAUUGUCCACGUGCUGCAGCACAGCUUCAAGACCAACGCCGAUUCUCGCAGCAUUGAAUGGGAGUACGCCGUGAAAGACUCCCUGCUUCAUGUGCCUAGGGUCUACCCCAGCCCGUCCCAGGAUAUCGCGUCUAGCGAAACCUCUGUCGAUCGGGCCCCAGAGCUUCAGCCGUUCUGGCAGACUGGUCGCCCCUUGGUAUGGGAAACCGCCAAAUCAGGCGUGUUGAGCAGCCUUUACUUCACUGACAAUGUCGCCGUUGCUGAUACUGAAGUGCCUAGUGGUGUGGUUGAGAUUCAGGCUCAGGCAAUGGGAUUGAAUUUCCGUGAUGUUAUGGUUGCCCUAGGCCAGAUCGAUGAAUCUCUUGUUGGACACGACUGUGCAGGCAUUAUCACCCGCCUGGGACCCGACACCGAGCAGAGUGGCCUCCAGGUUGGAGACAGGGUCUGCGGUGUUAUGAGAGGGCGCUUUGCUAGUAACACACGGGCCCUGGCCACCAGUGUGAUCAAAAUCCCAGACGAUAUGUCUUGGGAAGAUGCAGCGGCGCUUCCCUUCAUUUUCCUCACUUCGUACAUUGCCCUGGUCGAUAUUGCCAGACUUCAAAAAGGUGAACGUGUCUUGAUUCAUGCCGGAACUGGUGGUGUCGGGCAGUCUGCUAUUAUGUUGGCGCAAAACAUCGGAGCCGAGGUGUUUGUCACUUGUAGCACGGACGAGAAGCGCAACCUGCUCAUCGAGCAGUACAAGCUCGACUCGGCCCACAUCUUGUCCAGUCGAGAUGCUUCUUUUGCCCCCGCCAUCUUGGCUCACACCGCCGGUGCAGGAGUCGAUGUGGUGGUGAACUCAUUGUCCGGCCCGCUGCUCAAGGCCACAUGGGAGUGCAUGGCUCGUUUUGGGCGCUUUGUUGAGAUCGGUAAAGUCGAUCUAGAGGCUGCCCGACGACUGGACAUGACGCCCUUUGGCCGCUCUGCCAUGAUGGCUGGGUUUGAUCUCCUCCAGUACUCGGAGUACAAUGGCAAAGUGGUGCAGAACGGUCUGAAGGAGCUUAUGCGUCUGUGGCAAGAAAGGGCCAUCAGAUCUGUUUACCCGGUUACGACGUACCCCAUUUCGGAGAUGGAGACAGCUCUCCGACGCAUGCAACGUGGUACCCAUAUCGGAAAACAGGUCCUUGUUCCUGGGCCCGAAGAUCAGGUCAAGGUUGUCACUCGUUCCAUCCCGAAGCUGAGCCUCGACGACCCCAACAGCACCUACCUAAUUGCCGGUGGCCUUGGAGGUAUCGGUCAAGUCAUUGCCGAGUGGAUGGUUGAGAAGGGGGCUCGCAAUAUCCUACUCACUUCUCGAAACGCCGAGUCGCACCCGAAUGCCAUUACAUUAAUCAACAAGGCUUAUGCUGAGGGCUGCAAGAUUUACGUGCGCAACUGCGACGUCUCCAGCGAGGAAAGCCUUGCGAAACUACUGAACGACUGCGCUUCUACGUUGCCGCCGAUUCGUGGUGUUAUCCAGGCGGCCAUGGCCUUGAAUGACACGAUCCUGGAGCUUUUGACCUUUGACCAGUGGAAGCGUAGUAUUAUGCCCAAGGUUGCCGGAACUGUGAAUCUGCAUAAACAACUCGCCGGUCUUAACUUUUUCGUCAUGCUAUCCUCCAUUGCCGGAGUUGUCGGCCACGCUUCGCAGUCUAACUACGCUGCCGGCAAUACCUUCCAGGACGCUCUGGCACGGCACCGCAACGCCCAUGGUUUACCCGCAGUUGCCAUUGACCUUGGUGCCGUUGGAUCCGUCGGGGUUGUAGCCGAAGCAGGAGAUGGAAUGCGGGAGCGUAUUGAACGCAACCUGGGCUCGAGCGUAAUCCCGAUUGAUCGAGUUCUACGGCUGAUUGAGGCGGCCAUCCGCGAUCCCCUUCGCAAGAAUCCGGACCAAAGCCAGGUCAUUACCGGGAUUGGCGAGUACAGCAGCAUUCCCGACUCGGCGUCGAUUAAGAAGGACCGACGCUUUGCCACCCUCCUACUGGGCAGUUCAGGAAGUGCAAGCGCUAUUGGUCAGGCGGUUGCGCUUACUCCUGACGAGGAGUUCAAACAGGCUCUUGCCGUUGCGACACCGUCAAGCGCUGAGGCAGUCACACUUGUUACUGGUGCAUUGGCUCACAAGCUGGCCAGUUUGUUCAAUGUCGCGGUCGCGGAGAUUGAUACGAGCCUGGGUCUCUCCAACUUGGGAGUGGACUCACUAGUUGCGGUUGAACUGAGGAACUGGUUGAGCGGAGUUGUGCAAGCUAAGGUGACAAUCUUUGAGAUUCUGCAAAGCGCUACCGUGAAAGAGUUUGCUGGAUUAGUAGCUGGACGAAGCGCUUUAAUCGUGUAGGCUCUAUCAGACUUCUAGGGGGGGCUACAUGAAAUUAUGGUAUGGGGAUUUUUUUUUGUUUUCGAAGUUAGGGUUGAUUAUUUUUCAGCUAUACGUAACCGACGUUAUUCCAUGUAUUUACAAAUAUAACAUCUUCUCGAGAGGCAAGAUACCUACAUGCACUUCAUUAUUGAACCUGCCUCAACCUUCUUAGAUGAAGAAUCCUGUGAAUCUUAGUAAUUCUU